AUUGUGUCUCUUCAACGCCCCGACCAUUGUUCACGUCCCCUCUCUGUCCUUUCCAUCCAUUCCAACUUUUCGUCUUUCCACUCCACUCAAUCGGCGCUCUUUGAAGCGGCGGAGUAAGCAAUUCCUCGUCAGUGUUGACGCGACUCCUCUCCGGCGGUGAAAUGAGUUCUGUGAAGCGACCGGGGCAAGCGGCAGCAAAGUCAUCCAAAGCGAAACGUCUAGCAAAAAGGAAAGCAGUAGACGAUGGCGAGUCGAGUGGGAAGCGGACUAGACUAUCUGGAAAGCCUUCAACAUCUGUUGUUGGCGUCCCUGUACAAGCCAAGAGACCUCAGUUGAGGAUCAAGAGAACUACUCGUUUUUUCCAGCGCAUCCUGAAGUCUCUGAACGAAAUACAGAAAACUGCUGUCAGGCAGCUCGACUUCGGUGUUCUACUCGACUAUGAUGUGGCCUUUGUUCUAGGAACCUUAGCGUAUUGGCUAUUAGAGAAUUUUUACCACCUACGGUGCAGUCUUAUGCUGCCUAAUGGUGUUGAGGUAGUUGUUGACACGAAAGACGUCGAGCUUAUUUUUUGGUUUCCCAAAUGGGGGAUUACAUUUUAUCGAUGUGACAGAAACACAAGCAUCAAAUACCUGGAAACCAUUCCACUUGAUGAGGAGGCUGAUAUAAAUGUUUUGCAGACCAAGGUCCUAGAAGCGAAGAUGCUACAAGAAACUUGGGGGGGGCACUUUUUAAGAAAAUAUUCCUACUGCUGAUGGAAACUACUCUCAUUGAGACCUCCCCUGGUGUAGGUACUUGGUUGACAAUCUGUUGAGGACGCGCGAGCUGCGGAAGAAAAACAAGUCCAAAGUUUGAGGAAAUCGGGUUUGUAGGGCAGUUGGCCUUUAAAAUUACGUAAAUGUACCCAUUUUGUUAUCUCUUCCAUAUAUGGAAAAAACGCCACCCACAUUGGCGUUUUUUAUUAGUGAAGACGCCACCCGCAUUGGCGUUUACCAGUUGAA